GCAGCGCGGGCUCCUCCCGCCCCCCGCCCGGCCGCGGGUUCGCGGCCCCGCCGCCCCCGCCGGCAGGUGAAGGGUUGCGGUUCUGCUCCCUGCUCGGGGAUCGAGCACACGCUGCUGGGGCGCCGAACCGGGACGCUGCUACCGCCACUGGAGCUCUAUGUGUGUGUGGCUGCUGGAGGGGCCCGGCCGGCAGGGCCCGGAGCCCGCAGGUGCUGCCUGGAUGGAGAGGAGCGGCUGUAGCCCCUUCCCGAUGUGCUGGGCUAAAGAAUAUGACAGAUACCUAGCAUCCAGCAAAACCAUGGCAGCAGCUUACCUUGAUCCCAACUUAAACCACACGCCCAGCUCAAGUGCCAAGAGCCACCUCAGCAGCGGGCUGGAGCGUUCCCCAGGGGCCAUGGAACGGGUCUUAAAGGUCUUUCACUACUUCGAAAACAGCAGCGAACCCACAACGUGGGCCAGUAUUAUCCGCCACGGAGACGCUACCGAUGUGCGAGGCAUAAUCCAGAAGAUCGUGGACAGUCACAAGGUGAAAAACGUGGCGUGUUACGGGUUGCGGCUCAGCCACCUGCAGUCCGAGGAGGUUCACUGGCUGCACCUGGACAUGGGGGUGUCCAACGUGAGGGAGAAAUUCGAACUGGCCCACCCGCCGGAAGAAUGGAAGUAUGAAUUGAGAAUUCGCUAUUUGCCCAAAGGAUUUCUGAACCAGUUCACUGAGGACAAACCAACUCUCAAUUUCUUCUAUCAGCAGGUGAAAAAUGACUAUAUGUUAGAAAUAGCGGAUCAAGUGGACCAGGAAAUUGCUCUGAAACUGGGUUGCCUUGAAAUCCGGAGAUCCUAUGGAGAGAUGAGGGGCAACGCUUUGGAGAAGAAGUCCAACUAUGAAGUGUUAGAGAAAGAUGUUGGCUUAAGACGUUUCUUUCCGAAGAGUUUACUGGAUUCAGUGAAGGCCAAAACGCUACGGAAAUUAAUCCAACAAACCUUUCGACAAUUUGCCAACCUCAAUAGAGAAGAAAGCAUUCUGAAGUUCUUUGAGAUCCUCUCUCCCGUGUACAGAUUCGACAAGGAAUGCUUCAAGUGCGCUCUCGGUUCGAGCUGGAUUAUUUCAGUGGAGCUGGCGAUCGGCCCCGAAGAAGGGAUCAGUUACCUGACGGACAAGGGUGCAAACCCGACUCAUCUCGCAGACUUCAAUCAGGUGCAGACAAUUCAGUAUUCAAACAGUGAAGACAAGGACAGAAAAGGGAUGUUACAACUCAAGAUAGCGGGUGCACCUGAGCCUCUGACAGUGACAGCGCCGUCAUUGACCAUUGCGGAGAACAUGGCUGACCUGAUAGACGGGUAUUGCCGACUGGUGAACGGGGCGACGCAAUCCUUUAUCAUCCGGCCGCAGAAAGAAGGUGAAAGAGCUUUACCAUCGAUACCAAAGCUGGCCAACAAUGAGAAGCAAGGAAUGAGGUCCCACACGGUCUCGGUGUCAGGAGUCAGUCACUGUCAGCACAAAGCAAAGAAAGCUAGACGCUUUCUCCCUUUCGUCUUCUGUGCCCAUGAGUCGCCGCCCAAGGAUGAAAUUAGUGGGGACGAGACAGACGACUAUGCGGAGAUUAUAGAUGAAGAAGAUACGUAUACGAUGCCAUCAAAAAGCUAUGGAAUAGAUGAAGCCAGAGAUUAUGAAAUCCAAAGGGAGCGAAUCGAGCUGGGGCGCUGCAUUGGUGAAGGCCAAUUUGGAGACGUGCACCAAGGAGUUUACGUGAGUCCGGAGAAUCCAGCUAUGGCCGUCGCCAUCAAAACGUGUAAAAACUGCACCUCCGACAGCGUUCGAGAAAAGUUCUUACAAGAAGCCUUAACCAUGCGUCAGUUUGAUCAUCCUCACAUUGUGAAGCUCAUUGGAGUCAUUACGGAAAACCCGGUUUGGAUAAUCAUGGAGCUCUGUACCCUUGGAGAGUUGCGAUCGUUCUUGCAAGUAAGAAAAUACAGCUUGGAUCUGGCUUCUCUGAUACUCUACGCUUACCAGCUUAGCACAGCACUUGCCUACUUAGAGAGCAAAAGAUUUGUACAUAGGGAUAUUGCUGCUAGAAACGUGCUGGUAUCUGCCACUGACUGUGUGAAAUUGGGUGACUUCGGUUUAUCCCGAUACAUGGAAGACAGCACGUACUAUAAAGCUUCCAAAGGAAAAUUACCCAUCAAAUGGAUGGCUCCGGAGUCAAUCAACUUCCGACGGUUCACCUCGGCCAGCGAUGUCUGGAUGUUUGGUGUGUGUAUGUGGGAGAUCCUCAUGCACGGGGUAAAGCCCUUCCAGGGAGUGAAGAACAAUGAUGUGAUUGGGCGGAUCGAGAACGGUGAGCGGCUCCCAAUGCCUCCAAACUGCCCUCCCACCCUCUACAGCCUUAUGACCAAGUGCUGGGCGUACGACCCCAGUAGACGACCCAGGUUUACAGAACUUAAAGCACAACUCAGUACAAUACUGGAGGAAGAGAAGCUGCAGCAAGAGGAACGGAUGAGAAUGGAAUCCAGGCGACAAGUCACAGUGUCCUGGGACUCCGGAGGAUCAGAUGAGGCUCCUCCCAAGCCCAGCAGGCCUGGUUACCCCAGCCCGAGAUCCAGCGAGGGCUUUUAUCCCAGUCCCCAGCACAUGGUCCAGCCAAACCAUUACCAGGUGUCUGGCUACCCCGGUUCUCAUGGUUUACCAGCCAUGGCCGGCAGCAUUUACCCAGGGCAGGCUUCUCUCUUGGAUCAAGCGGAUUCCUGGAACCAUCGGCCUCAGGAAAUCUCAGUGUGGCAACCAAACGUGGAGGAUUCGGGCACUUUGGAUGUCCGAGGCAUGGGCCAGGUUCUACCCACACACCUCAUGGAGGAGAGAUUGAUACGGCAACAGCAAGAGAUGGAAGAAGAUCAGCGCUGGCUUGAGAAAGAGGAGCGAUUCCUGAAACCCGACGUGCGGCUCUCCAGAAGCAGCAUCGAGCGGGAGGACGGGGGUGUCCAGGGCCCGGCUGGUAACCAGCACAUAUAUCAGCCUGUGGGUAAACCAGAUCACGCAGCUCCACCAAAGAAACCCCCCCGGCCCGGAGCCCCCGGCCACCUGGGCAGCCUGGCCAGCCUCAACAGCCCCGUGGACAGUUACAACGAGGGCGUCAAGAUCCAGCCGCAGGAGAUCAGUCCUCCUCCCACGGCCAACCUGGACCGCUCCAACGACAAGGUCUACGAGAACGUCACCGGGCUGGUCAAAGCCGUCAUCGAGAUGUCCAGUAAAAUACAGCCAGCUCCGCCGGAGGAGUACGUGCCCAUGGUAAAGGAGGUUGGUUUGGCAUUAAGAACCUUACUGGCAACAGUAGAUGAGAACCUCCCCGUGCUUCCUGCAAGCACCCACAGAGAGAUCGAGAUGGCGCAGAAGCUGCUGAACUCGGACCUGGCCGAGCUCAUCAACAAGAUGAAGCUGGCGCAGCAGUACGUCAUGACCAGCCUGCAGCAGGAGUACAAAAAGCAGAUGCUGACGGCGGCUCACGCGCUGGCCGUGGACGCCAAAAACUUGCUGGAUGUUAUCGAUCAAGCCAGACUGAAAAUGAUCAGCCAGUCCAGACCGCACUAAAGACCGAGGGAGGAGUUCGAUCGGUCUAAGGAUUCUGCUCGUGAAAGGAUGUUCCUUCACCUUCCACCAGCGGUGAGGAUUAACCCGGCUUAGUCCUGGCUUUCCAGCGCCUCUUGCUUCAGCAGACCCGACUGACAGCUGCUGGUUCUCUCUCAUCACAAAAGUUUAACCGAGUUUUUAAUCUUCAAGCCGAGCUGGUCUGGGAUUCAAGUGGCAUUAUCGGGAGGUGAAGUUUGUGCGGCGGGUCCUGGGGAAGCCGCGGCACCGCGGUUUUGCCGCCGGCGCACGGGACGCGCUUCGCCUGGAGCUGCCCCGGGUUCCGGCCUCGGAGCGGCGGCUGAGAGAACGAUAUUGUGAAGUGAAGAAUUCGGGGAAACCUCAGGGCUGAGAAUUCUUGCCCACAGUAUAUGAACUAUCCAGACUGGAAUUGUUUUUUAAUUAGAACACUUAACGUCGCAAUAUGCUAAUCACGAUUUACAGAGAAAAGAAUAAAAAGCUAUAUUUUCAAGACUUCAGUCAUUUCAAGACAAACUAAAGCCCUCUUCAUCUUCCUGCCUUUUACUUUUACGUGAAUGUGUGAAGCAUUUGUUUGGAAGUAGCUGUAGGAACAACCCUAAACUCGUCUCUUUCACCACAAAAACGUGCCAGUUCAUUUGUAGCAACGUUGUUUUCCUUGGAAGCAAAAAUGCUGCUUUGUACCAGAGCAAUUCAGAGCUGCAUUUAGAGUUCUGUAACCAUCCAUGUCCCCCCUUUUUAUAUAAUUUAUAAAGACAGAUUAAAGCCAUGUUGAAUAUUUUGAAGCCACCAUAGUUAACUAACCCAUCCUUUUGUCUGUCUUGCCUGGGAGGAGUUACAGUAGAGCAGUGUAAUGACUUUUUCCUUGGGUUUUUUUUCCAGUUACGCCAUCUGUUCUGUUAAAUAAAAACCGCACUCCCUUCUUGCUGUUGAGGGAUAUAAAUUAUUCUCAGGAAGAAUAUAAUGAACUGUACAGUUACUUUGACCUAUUAAAAAGGUGUUACCAGUGAAA